AUGAUGACAACAUUUCUUAAUUCUGAUGCUGCAUGUCGUGUAACGUCUCAAGAAAUUAUAAAAAUUUUACAAACAGAUCCUAAAUUAGGUUUAAAUGAAAAUGAAAUUUUAAAACGACGAAAAUAUUAUGGUCAUAAUGAUUUUGAAAUUGAUGAUGAUGAACCAUUAUGGAAAAAAUAUUUAGGACAAUUUAAAGAACCAAUGAUAUUACUUUUACUUGCAUCAUCAUUGAUUUCAUUAUUAAUGAGACAAUAUGAUGAUGCUGUAUCAAUAACAAUAGCUAUUAUUAUUGUUGUUACUGUUGCAUUUAUACAAGAAAAUCGAGCUGAUAAAGAAAUUGAAGCAUUAAAAAGACUUGUACCACCAAAAUGUGUUUGUAUACGAGAAGGAAAAAGUCAACAUAUUUAUGCAAGAGAUUUAGUACCAGGUGAUUUAUGUAUAUUGGAUAUUGGUGAUCGUGUACCAGCUGAUUUACGUUUAACUGAAGCAAAUGAUAUAUCUAUUGAUGAAUCAUCAUUUACAGGUGAAACAAAACCAUCAAUGAAAAUGGUCGAUUCAAUUUCAUUUGGUUCAAGACAAACAUCGAUUAGUGAUAGACGAAAUAUUGCUUUUAUGGGUACACAUGUACUUAAUGGAAAUGCAAAAGGUAUUGUGAUAUGUACAGGUGAAAAUUCAGAAUUUGGAAAAGUAUUUCAAAUGAUGCAACAACAAGAAGCACCAAAAACACCAUUACAAAAGAGUAUGGAUGCAUUAGGAAAACAACUUUCAUUUUAUUCAUUAAGUAUUAUUGGUUUUAUUGUUAUGGUUGGAUGGUUACAAGGUAGACAUCUUCUUGAAAUGUUUACCAUUGGUGUUAGUUUGGCAGUAGCAGCUAUUCCUGAAGGUUUACCAAUUGUAGUAACUGUAACAUUAGCACUUGGUGUUCAACGUAUGGCAAAACGUGAAGCAAUUAUUAAAAAAUUACCUAUUGUUGAAACACUAGGUUGUGUAACAGUUGUAUGUUCAGAUAAAACAGGUACAUUAACAAAAAAUGAAAUGACUGUGACAAAUAUUAUGACAUCAGAUGGAGAAGUUGCUGAAGUUACAGGUUCAGGUUAUGAUGGUCAAGGUGAUGUUCUAUGUGAUAAUCAACGAGUAACUUAUGAUUCUCAUCCAUUAAUUUCAAAAAUAGUCGAAGUUGGAGCUGUUUGUAAUAAUGCUGAAAUAAUCAAUUCUCAACUUCGUGGUCAACCAACUGAAGGUGCUUUACUUGCUGUUGCAAUGAAAAUGAAUGUUCCUCAUCUUCGUGAACAAUUUCAUCGUGAACGUGAAUGGCCAUUUUCACAUGAAAAUAAAUGGAUGGCUGUACAAUGUACACCAAAAUAUAAUCCAAAUGAAAUACGUUUAUAUGUUAAAGGAUCUAUUGAACAAAUAUUAAGAUUAUCUAAACGAUAUUUACAUCAAGGUGCGGGUGUACAAUUAACAGAUAAUAAAAUUCGAGAAUUUUUGACGGAUUCAAAUCAAAUGGCAGCUAAAGGAUUACGAAUUUUGGCGAUGGCAAUAGGAACUUCACUUGAAGAUUUAACAUAUGUUGGUAUGGUUGGAAUUAUUGAUCCUGAACGUUCACAAGUUAAAGAAGCUGUUGCUCAAUUAAAAUCAGGUGGUGUUAUUGUUAAAAUGAUAACAGGUGAUGCUGAAAAAACAGCAAAGGCAAUAGCUUUACGUUUAAAUAUUUAUAAGAGUAAUGAUUUAUCUGUAUCUGGUGAAGAUCUUGAUCAUAUGAAUGCAGCUGAUAUACGUGAUAUUGUUUCACAAGCAUCUAUAUUUUAUCGUGUCAGUCCAAAACAUAAAUUAACUAUUGUUAAAGCAUUACAAGCUCAAGGACAUAUUGUUGGUAUGACAGGUGAUGGUGUUAAUGAUGCAGUUGCACUUAAAGCAGCUGAUAUUGGUAUAGCUAUGGGACAAACAGGUACUGAUGUAUCUAAAGAAGCAGCUGAUAUGAUUCUUGUUAAAGAUGAUUUUUAUACAAUUAUGGCAGCAAUCGAAGAAGGUAAAGGAAUAUUUCAUAAUAUACAAAAUUUUGUUCGAUUUCAAUUGAGCACGAGUAUUGCUGCAUUAAGUUUAAUAACACUUUCAACUGUUUUUCAUUUUCCUAAUCCAUUAAAUGCUAUGCAAAUUCUUUGGAUUAAUAUUCUUAUGGAUGGACCACCAGCUCAAAGUCUUGGUGUUGAACCUGUUGAUCAUGAUGUAUUAAAAAAACCACCAAGAAAAGUUACAGAUCCAAUGAUUGAUAAACGAUUAAUCGCUCAUAUAGUUACAAGUGCUACUGUAAUUGUUAUUGGAACUUUAUGUGUUUUUUAUGCUGAAAUGAGAGAUGGAAAAGUAACACCAAGAGAUACAACAAUGACAUUUACAUGUUUUGUCUUUUUUGAUAUGUUUAAUGCACUUAGUUGUCGAUCUCAAACAAAAUUUCUUUUUGAGAUUGGUCUUUUUUCAAAUCGAUUUUUUGUUGUUGCUGUAUUUCUUUCUAUUAUUGGUCAAUUAGCUGUUAUUUAUUUACCACCAUUACAAUAUGUAUUUCAAACAGAAGCGCUUAGUGCUGCAGAUUUAUUCUAUCUAACAUGUUUAACAUCAUCUGUAUUUCUUGUUAAUGAAUUUCGUAAAUUAAUCUCGAGAAUUAUUCUUAAACGUCAUAUUAAUCGUAAAAGCAUGAUGAUUCAUCAAUGGAUGGUUUAGUUACAGAUACAGAAUUACUUUACAAAUAGAGAAAUAAUUAUCUCACCGUAUUCAAUACAUAUCUAAGACGUUUUACAAAAUUGUAAAUUGUCAAUUAUUCUACUUGUUUUUUUUUUUUAUUUAUUUCAACUUUUAUUGUUAUGUCUUGUCGUAAAUCUGUUGAAUUUUUUUUUCAAAAAAAAAAACAAAAUACAAAAGAACAAACACAAAAGAAUUAUCUGGCAUGCACAUUAAGAAUACAAGAUGCAUUAUUGAAAACGAACAAUUAAUAAAUAGAAUGUUUAAAAUAAUUGAAUAAACAAAAUAAAAAGUGAAAUGUAUAAAAUCUUGAAAAUAUCUCAUUGCUAGACGAUAUUCGAGUAAUAAAUUGUCAACAAUGAGAUGUUUCUAAAUAAAUAAUAAUAUUCUUCUUACGAUAGAGGUUAAUUCUUCAAUAUUCAGAUGGAAAACCAAGUCAUGUUACAUUAAUAUAAUAAUAAUUUAAAUCAGUUUGUUUAACAUUAAUAACUGUUAAACAUGAUAGAAUACACG